CCUUUCUAGCUUUUCAUGCUGCAAUUUUAAAAAAGUUAAUCAAAGCUUUCUUCAUGGAUUCCAGUGAUAGUAGUAGCAUGCAAUCUACAAGUGGGGAUGAUGAAGGGUGCGAGUCACCGACGGAGUCGGUCCCAGCUUUUAUGAACACUAAUCCCUUAUCAAAUCCACACCCAUCACUUGUCUUCCACCAUCAAAACCACCCACCAAUUUUCUUUGAUCCUUCUGCAAAUUAUCUCAACCCUUUCUCUCAAUCUCAACAAAUUGAUUCACUGCUGAAUAUUGAUGGGUUUAGGCCGCUAAGCCAAAGACCUAAACCAAACUGUUGCACUGUUGACUUGGGUAGCUUUCAUCUUCAAGGCUUAUCUUCAUCGAGCCAAUCUACAUUAGGUGCCCAAGAACUUAACCAAGGCUGCUUAUAUCCAAGCUCAUCAUCCUUGCAAUCAAGGCCAUAUCAUGAUGUAAGGCUUUUAACAAAAUCCGAUCAGAAAAGUGUUGUGAAGAACCCCAAGAAACGAACGAGACCAUCGAGAACGGCACCCACUACAGUUCUCACCACCGACACAAUGAAUUUUAGAGCAAUAGUGCAAGAAUUUACUGGAAUCCCUGCACCACCGUUUUCGGGUUCAUCAUAUUCUCGAAGGCUUGAUCUUUUCGGCUCUAGGUCAGGUAUGCGAUCCGGUCAUGUAGAAACUUUAGGUUCUCUCUACCCUCUACGUCCCUCAGCUAAAAGGGCUAAGCCAACUCCUUUUCUAGCUUCUUCUCCUUCAUUGUUAAAUAAUCCUUUAGCUGAUGCUAAUAUUACCAAUACAAGUAGCAAUAACACCGUUCCCACUUGUAGUAACUAUGCUCAACUGCCUUCUGAUUUAGGCAUGCUAAAACAGACUCAAAAUAUGCCAAACUUUCAGAACCAGAGCCCCCUCCUAUCAUUCCAGUCCUUCCUACAUCCUACCCCUCUUCAGCCCUGUCUUAAUUUGGCUGGUUUUGGUGUGAAUUCCCAUGGAACUUCAGCCAUGCCUUCCAUUGAUGACUUGGGCAUGAGUCAUGGGAAUGAAGAUCAUUUGAGGCCUUUAGACCACUGGAAUCGUGGUAGCACUAGUACUGAUCAAAAUUCACAAAGAAAUAACAGCUGCAAGUUGAACACCUCAGCUUCUUCAUCAGGUUUUCAGCAUGAUAAGGAAUUGGAAAACGUGUCACUUAGAGCUGAAGGUACAGUUGAUUCAUGGAAUUGUCCUGCAGAUCAGUAGAAUAAUUACUUACAUGAAAUUUGUAAUGCAGAGAACUAGAAUUUUAAUGUGAAUAGGCUUUUCAAGCAGUAGUCAUAUUCUCUUCUCUCUUUUCUUUUCUUUUCAUUUUAGAAAUAAAUAAGAAAUUUAAACUGCAAUUUGUUCGGUGAGAAAUAAAAUUAUUGAUUAAUUAAAAUACAAAAAUUUUAUAACUAAAUAA